AUGUCUAUUUUCUGUCGCAUAUUGUCAGGCACCAUCAGUCUCAACGACCACGACAAAAAUUCUCAGACGACAAUCAAAUGUAGAGAAAUGGCUGAAGAAUUAACUGAACUGCGAAAAACGGCUGGAUUGAUAUCUAGUAUAGGAGUCUGGCUAGCAGCCAAAUUUGUCGUAAUCUGCAUGUCUACAUGGGCUCUUCAUUUUUUGUAUUUGGAUGGUUCUGGCGUGUUUCGCGAAGUUCCAAAAUUUAAUUGCAUUGAUUCUGUUUGCGAUGUGGAAAGCAGCACAUGA